AUGAUGAACCCCCAUAUGCACGGAGGAAAAUGGAGCCAAGAGGAGGAGCUCUAUGCUUCUGCCCUAAUUGAUGCAUUCAAAGCCGGAGAGCUACCCAGAGACGACAUUGAGGAAGGAACAAGUCUGAGGAAGUAUCUUUCCAAGAAGCUCAUGUGUUCUCCCAAGCGAGUAUCCAAGAAGUAUGAAGGCACCAACUACAAUGGCAAACAAGUUUACUUCAGGAACAGGUCAGCAACGGUUGCCAACGACCUCGCCAUCAAGGCCAAGCUUCAGAUCCUCGAGCACAACUUUCUUCGAACUCUUUCCGAAACCAAGCUAACCCCGUCCCAGGGACCCCUGACGCUGCCAACAAUGCCCAAUGCCUCAUCAGAACUGCAGAUGAUCAACCAGCUUCAGAUGCAGGCUCUGACCGACACCAGCCGGUCAAUGACUGGUGGUCUAUUCUCCGCCGCCCAGAGCCAACUCCAUGCUGGUAUACCAUCAGCUGCUUCGCUGCCUCAGAGCUCCAACUACGCUGGAGUAGGGGAUCUUUUGACGCGAAGCAAUCUCAUGGGUGGUAGUAACCUGCUAGGUGGUGCCAACCUUCAAGGAGGGGGGAAUCUUCAAUUAGGAGGCUUGGCAUCUUGGGGAGCGGGUUCUCUUGUGCCCAGGACAGAUCAGGAACAAGAUUUUGCAAACAUUGCGGCGAGACUGAAUGCUGCAAACCAACUCUCCUUUCCCUCAGCUGGCACUGCCGGAUUUGCAGCAGGUUCCGGGGAUAGCAGCCAUGCCCAUGCACUGGCCCAGCUGAACGCGUCUCGCACCCUCAUGGAGUCAGCUCAGCUUCGGCAACUGGAAGAAUCCAUUCUGGCUAGAUCCCAGAUGGCAGCACUAAAUCGCUCCGGUGCCACUGCAUUGCAAAGUGGAACUAACCCGCAUGCAAGCAGCCUGGAAGCCCUGGCGAGAAGGAGGAGCUCUGCAAUGGCACGACCUCCUGCAGGCUUGGAUCAGCUGUCGUCCUCCUUGGCUCCACAGGCAGGUGCGCACAAUAUGCUCGACUAUCUGGCUGCUGCAGACAGCAUCGCGGCGGCUCGCGCUCCAGGGGUGGCGGCUGCAGCCCCUUCAGCGACAGAUUUGUUGGGGGGUGCAGCCCGGGCUACAUUGCUGCUCCACAACACAAAUCUGCAAGAGCAACAGGCUAGUGUUGCCGCCAUGGCGGCAAACCAGGACUCGGCAAGAAGGGUGUCCCAGCUGCUUGGUGGUGCGGGAGUAGCCAGUGCUGGUGCUAGUACUGGGGCGUUGGGGAGGGCUGGGGUUGGGGCUGCGAAACGCUCCAGGGACGAAGACCAAGAUAAUUCUGACAGCAGCAAGCGAUGGAGGGGACCACCUAGGUGA